AUGGUUGCCCCGAAUCUUCUUCAAAUCUUUCUCCAACUAUCAAAUGUUUCAUUCGAGAAUUCGACGAAUUUCGAGCUAAGCAGACGACCAAGAGCUGAGAUUAAAGGGAAAAGAACGACGAUUGGAUUGCAAGCUGGCGAAGAAUCUCUCCAUCCUCUGCUCGCCGAUGAAGAAAUCGCCACACUUGAAGAAAACUACACAGAGAAAGUGCUCACAAAUCCCGAAGAUGGCAAACGAGAGGAUAUUUUCGGCAGGGAUAACAAGCGAAUGUUUGGGCAACCGAUUUAUCCGCCAUUUGGCGCCUACACAAAGCUGAAUAUUGACGAUGAAGUGAGGAAAGCGUUGCAGAUAAAAUCAAGUGCUGAUGGAACAGAGCAAUUAUUAUAUCGUACAUUGAUGGAUGCAAGUAGAUACGAGAAAGAUGUUCGUCCAACCAAUCAUCAUUCACUUCCAACAAAUGUCACUUUUGGCUUCUUAUUGAAUCAAAUUGUGGAAAUGGAUGAACGAAAUCAAGUGCUGACGACACGCAGUUGGCUUAACAUCAAUUGGAUGGAUCAGAGACUGAGUUGGAAUCACUCGCUCUGGGGUGGAAUCAAAACAAUCUAUGUACCGCAUCAGAAGCUUUGGAAACCGGAUAUAAUUUUGGUGAAUAAUGCAAUUCGGGAAUAUUAUGCGUCAUUAGUUUCGACGGAUAUUAUGGUUUCAAGCGAUGGAAAUGUCACUUAUCUUUAUUCAGCAAUUUUUCGAUCAAGUUGUCGAAUCAAAGUUCGCUACUAUCCUUUUGACGAUCAGGAAUGUGAUUUGAAAUUUGCAUCAUGGUCACACGAUAGUCGAGAAAUGGAUUUAGGGCUAAACACUGAUAAAGGAGAUUUAAGCAGCUACAUGAAUAACAGUGAAUUUGAUUUGGUUGACAUGACAGCUAUUCGAGAGGUUGUCCAUUUCCCGUCGGAACCCGACUCACUCUGGCCGAUCAUCAUCAUUCGCAUCAAUAUGAGGAGAAGACCAUUGUUUUACGUCUUUAAUCAUAUCAUCCCGUGCGUUCUCAUCUCCUCAAUGGCUGUUCUCGGAUUUUUAAUGCCACCGGAGACUGGCGAGAAGAUCAAUAUGAUCAUCACAACAUUGCUCUCAAUGGGUGUUUAUCUGCAAUCGAUUACCGAGUCGAUUCCGCCAACUUCUGAAGCUGUGCCACUAAUUGGUAUGUACUACGUGGCUUCUUUAUUCAUGGUUUGUUUGGCGACUUGUGUGAACGUAGUGACGCUGAAUAUUCACAGGAAUGGAGCAGCAAAUCAGGGUCGACAAGUGCCGCCAUGGAUGGAGAAAUACAUUCUCGGAUAUCUUGCCUCAUUCAUGCAAAUGACGAUUAGAGAACCUGACUCUGUGACGCUGAUAAAGACGGCACAAACAAAAAAGUCAACGAUCCGACGAAGCUCAUUGUUGAGAGAUUUGAAGAGAAUCAAGAAUCAAGACAAUCGAAAACAGAGGACAAAAGUGCCGAAUGGAGAAUGCGAGUGUAUGGUGACACAGAAUAAUAAUUCCGUGCUAACAUUGGAGAUCGAGGCGAUCCACGCGGCACAUGCUCACUCAAAAGCGAAUGGGAAUGCGAAAUCGGUGGAAACAGGCAGUGAGGGGGUGAUUUUGUCAAGGAUUGUCACGGAACAGUUAAUGCCACGAAUGACGACCAAAAAUCCGACAAUGCUUUCGGAAUUCGAGCAAAAAUUUCGAAAGAUUUUAAAGAGAAUCUAUCGAAGUUUACAACAACACGAGAUUCGGGAAGAGAUUCUUGACGAGCGUCAACGCAUCCAAUGGCAAUGGCAACAGCUCGCCUCCGUCAUCGACCGUUUACUUCUCAUUUUGUUCUCGAUGGCCACACUGGCUACGAUUUCAUUUUUCUUGAUUUUACCCGUUCAAUUAAGGAAUUCGGUUUGGUCUGGCUUGUUUUUUCUG